AGGCCACACUCAUGGCGCCUCCCAGCGAGGAGACACCUUUGAUCCCUCAGCGCUCCUGCAGCCUCUCAUCCUCGGAGGCUGGGGCUCUGCACGUGCUGCUGCCCGCUCGAGGCCCCGGACCCCCCCAGCGCCUGACUUUCUCCUUUGGGGACCACUUGGCUGAGGAGCUGUGUGUGCAGGCUGCCAAGGCCAGCGGCAUCCUGCCAGUGUACCAUCCCCUCUUCGCUCUGGCCGCGGAGGACCUGUCCUGCUGGUUUCCCCCGAGCCACAUCUUCUCCGUGGACGACGUGGGCACCCAAGUCCUGCUCUACAGGCUCCGCUUUUACUUCCCCAACUGGUUUGGGCUGGAGAGUUGCCACCGCUUCGGGCUCCGCCAGGAUCUGGCCAGCGCCAUCCUGGACCUGCCCGUCGCCUGCCUGCCCCCCGGCCUGCGCGACCUGAUCCAGGGCCUGAGCUUCGUGACGCGGAGGCGCAUUCGGAGGACGGUGCGCCGGGCGCUGCGCCGCGUGGCCGCCUGCCAGGCCGACCGCCACUCGCUCAUAGCCAAGUACAUCAUGGACUUGGAGCGCCUGGAUCCGUCCGGGGCCGCCGAGACCUUCCGCGUGGGUCUCCCCUGGGCCCCGGGCGGCCAGGACCGGCCGGGGCAGCUCAGCGUGGCGGGCGCCAGCGGCCUUGCCUGGAGUCAGGGGGAGCACGAG